AUGCGUCUAUUGACGCAUCGUAUCUUACCCUGGCUAGAGGCUCGAGUGGCCAGACUGCCUCAUCGUAUACACAUGGCAGAUCGGGGAGCACUCGGCCUCCUCGAACUGGCAUCCCUUACCUACCCGCCUGUAUCUACAAACUCCAUGCUCGCUGGCCCGCCAGCCAGCCCUGGCACGCCUGGCUUGACACCGGUUCAGACUGCCGCAGGCCCGGGCACCGGGCUUGGCUCGAACCAAGGCUCCGGCCAGCCAGGCAUCACAUGUCCAACCACUGUCGCUUCUCCAUCCGUCUCGAUAUCAGCCCCCUCGUCCUCCGCUGCGUCGUCCCAGCCAUUGCCGCCGCCACCGCCACCACCGCCGCCACCCCUUGCCUGCCUCGAUCUUCCGGGUGAGACGCCGGGUCGAUUCAGGGCUGUAGGUCCUCUGCCGCCCGGCCGAUUGCCGGCCUCGCCAGUGCAUCAACUUGGCCUUGCUGGUGCAUUAGCCCGUCUUGAGCGCGUUCGUUGUGCUCCCGGCAGCAGUCGUCCUGCUCGCCGUAUAGGCCUGCGGGCCAGUAAUGGCCGCCUUGUAUACUACGAUCUGGGCUGUCUACCGGUCGGUUCGGGACAAUUUGUUACAGCCAUGGCAAUGCUGUCAGCCAAUGGUUCUACCUGUUCUACGCAAGCGCCUCCAUUAUGUCAUAUCUUGGGGCCUCUUCUUCCCAGCACUCUGGAAGCCAACUGUCCUCCUGCUUACAUGGCCUGGCGACGUUCUAGACCGCAGCAACUCUUCCAGCUGCUUAACGACCUGCUUGCCAGUCAACCUGAGACAGCAAGACGACACCUGAUGCUUGUCUCGCCUCGCACUAUGGAAGUUGGCCCUCAAGGUCUUAGCCUUGUCGAGACAGGUUCUUCUGUUUCUUCCUCCAGCUUCUCAGCGGCUGCUUCCCAACCGGUGCCGUCUGCUUGUCCUAUGACUUCCCGUGGCCUCCUCUGCCUGGCUCAACCACCCCCAGCUCCGUCUGCUAUCAGCGCCAACUCUCCUGCUGGUGCCCUCUACCCAACUAACAUUCAGCCACCGACAAGAAGAACAUCCGAAGCUAACCAUUUCAGCCAGCUAGCCAACGAUCUGUUCGGCCCUCAACGUUCGCCCGAGGAAAGCAUACUGGCCUGCUUUGCUCCACACAAGCAGGUUGUUUAA